AUGGCAAAUGGCAGCGGCGUCGGCAGCAGCAGCAGCGCCUCGGGAGGCAGCGGCGGCAUUAGAAUGAGUAACAGCAUCAGCGCCAGCAAUCUCAACACGGACUCGUCCUCGUCCCCGGUCAGCGUGCCCAAGAUGGAUGCGCUCAUCAUCCCGGUGACCAUGGAGGUGCCCUGCGAUAGCCGCGGACAGCGCAUGUGGUGGGCUUUCCUCGCCUCGUCCAUGGUCACGUUCUUUGGCGGGCUCUUUAUCAUCCUGCUCUGGAGGACCCUCAAGUACCUGUGGACCGUCUGCUGUCACUGCGGGGUCAAAAACAAGGAGGCCCAGAAGAUUAAUGCUGGUGGGGAAACCCAGGCUGAUGGAACCUGCAAACCUACAGAUGAAAAAGAGGAGACUGUUGCAGCAGAAGUGGGCUGGAUGACCUCUGUGAAAGACUGGGCAGGAGUGAUGAUAUCUGCCCAGACUCUAACCGGCAGAGUCCUUGUUGUCUUAGUCUUUGCUCUUAGUAUUGGUGCUCUUGUAAUAUACUUCAUAGAUUCGUCAAACCCAAUAGAAUCCUGCCAGAAUUUCUACAAAGAUUUCACGUUACAGAUAGACAUGGCUUUCAACGUGUUCUUCCUACUCUACUUCGGCUUGCGUUUCAUUGCAGCCAAUGACAAGCUGUGGUUUUGGCUGGAAGUUAACUCGGUAGUAGAUUUCUUCACAGUCCCUCCAGUGUUUGUGUCAGUGUAUUUAAACAGAAGUUGGCUUGGUUUAAGAUUUUUAAGAGCCCUUAGACUGAUACAGUUUUCAGAAAUUUUGCAGUUUCUGAAUAUCCUAAAAACAAGUAAUUCCAUCAAGCUGGUGAAUCUGUGCUCUAUAUUUAUCAGCACAUGGCUGACAGCAGCUGGGUUCAUACAUUUGGUGGAGAACUCAGGGGAUCCAUGGGAAAAUUUCCAAAAUAACCAACCACUUACAUAUUGGGAAUGUGUUUAUUUACUAAUGGUUACAAUGUCCACUGUUGGCUAUGGAGAUGUUUAUGCAAAAACAACCCUUGGUCGCCUUUUCAUGGUCUUCUUCAUCCUCGGGGGAUUGGCCAUGUUUGCCAGCUACGUCCCUGAAAUCAUAGAGUUAAUAGGAAACCGCAAGAAAUAUGGUGGUUCCUAUAGUGCGGUUAGUGGAAGAAAGCACAUAGUUGUCUGUGGUCACAUAACACUUGAAAGUGUGUCCAACUUCCUGAAGGACUUCCUGCACAAGGACAGAGAUGAUGUGAACGUGGAAAUCGUCUUUCUGCAUAAUAUCUCCCCUAACCUUGAGCUGGAAGCUCUUUUUAAACGACACUUCACUCAGGUGGAAUUUUAUCAGGGUUCAGUUCUCAAUCCGCAUGACCUGGCAAGAGUAAAGAUAGAGUCAGCAGAUGCAUGCCUAAUCCUUGCCAAUAAAUACUGCGCUGACCCAGAUGCUGAAGAUGCCUCCAAUAUUAUGAGAGUAAUUUCCAUAAAGAAUUACCAUCCGAAGAUAAGAAUUAUCACUCAGAUGCUGCAGUAUCAUAACAAGGCCCAUCUGCUAAAUAUCCCAAGCUGGAAUUGGAAAGAAGGGGAUGACGCAAUCUGUCUUGCUGAGCUCAAGCUGGGUUUCAUAGCCCAGAGCUGCCUGGCACCGGGCCUCUCGACAAUGCUAGCCAACCUCUUCUCUAUGAGGUCAUUCAUAAAGAUUGAGGAGGAUACGUGGCAGAAAUACUAUCUAGAAGGAGUCUCAAAUGAAAUGUAUACAGAAUAUCUAUCUAGUGCCUUUGUGGGUCUGUCUUUCCCUGCAGUUUGUGAACUGGUAUUUGCGAAGCUAAAGCUCUUAAUGAUAGCCAUAGAAUACAAGUCAGAAAAACGGGAAAGCAGAAGCCGAAAGCGUAUAUUAAUCAAUCCUGGAAACCACGUCAAGAUUCAAGAAGGUACUUUAGGAUUCUUCAUUGCAAGUGAUGCCAAAGAAGUGAAAAGGGCAUAUUUUUACUGCAAGGCCUGUCAUGAUGACAUCACAGAUCCCAAAAGGAUAAAAAAAUGUGGCUGCAAACGGCUGAUCUAUUCCAAGAUGUCCAUCUACAAGAGAAUGAAACUGGCAUGUUGUUUUGAUUGCGGACGCUCUGAGCGUGACUGCUCUUGCAUGUCAGGCAGUGUACAUAGUAACAUGGACACCCUUGAGAGAGCCUUCCCACUUUCUUCUGUCUCUGUUAAUGAUUGCUCCACCAGUUUACGUGCCUUUGAAGAUGAACAUCCGUCGACACUGUCACCCAAAAAAAAGCAGCGAAAUGGAGGCAUGAGAAAUUCACCCAACUCCUCGCCCAAACUGAUGAGGCAUGACCCCUUGUUAAUUCCCGGCAAUGAGCAGAUUGACAACAUGGAUGCCAGUGUGAAAAAAUAUGACUCCACGGGGAUGUUUCAUUGGUGUCCAGGAAAGGACAUUGAAAAGGUCAUUUUGACACGGAGUGAAGCAGCGAUGACAGUUUUAAGUGGUCAUGUGGUCGUUUGCAUAUUCGGGGAUGCUAAGUCUGCAUUGAUUGGCGUAAGAAAUCUAGUGAUGCCAUUACGAGCCAGCAACUUUCACUACCAUGAACUCAAGCACAUUGUGUUUGUGGGUUCACUUGAAUAUCUGAAAAGGGAAUGGGAGACACUACAUAACUUCCCCAAGGUUUCAAUCUUGCCUGGUACACCAUUAAGUCGGGCUGAUUUAAGGGCUGUCAACAUCAACCUCUGCGACAUGUGCGUUAUCCUGUCAGCCAAUCAGAAUAAUAUUGAUGAUGCUUCGCUGCAGGACAAGGAAUGCAUCUUGGCGUCACUCAACAUCAAAUCUAUGCAGUUUGAUGACAGCAUUGGGGUCUUGCAGGCUAAUUCCCAAGGGUUUACGCCACCAGGAAUGGAUAGGUCAUCUCCAGACAACAGUCCAGUCCAUGGUCUGUUACGUCAACCCUCAAUCACAACAGGAGCCAACAUACCUAUUAUAACAGAGCUAGCUAAGCCUGGCAAACUUCUGCCUUUGGUUUCAAUCAGUCAGGAAAAAAACAGUGGAACCCACAUACUAAUGAUAACUGAACUGGUAAAUGAUUCAAACGUUCAGUUUUUGGACCAAGAUGAUGACGACGACCCAGACACAGAAUUGUAUCUUACACAGCCAUUUGCAUGUGGAACUGCAUUCGCCGUCAGUGUAUUGGACUCCCUCAUGAGCGCUACAUACUUCAAUGACAAUAUCCUCACACUGAUACGGACGUUGGUAACAGGAGGAGCCACACCAGAGCUGGAAGCGCUGAUUGCUGAGGAGAAUGCACUGAGAGGAGGCUACAGCACACCCCAGACACUUGCAAACAGGGACAGGUGUCGAGUUGCUCAGUUGGCUUUGUAUGAUGGGCCAUUUGCAGACCUAGGGGAUGGUGGUUGUUAUGGAGAUCUGUUUUGUAAAGCACUGAAAACAUACAAUAUGCUUUGUUUUGGAAUUUACCGAUUGAGGGAUGCACAUCUAAGCACACCUAGCCAAUGCACUAAACGCUAUGUUAUCACAAAUCCACCCUAUGAGUUUGAGCUUGUGCCCACAGACUUGAUCUUCUGUUUGAUGCAAUUUGACCACAAUGCUGGCCAGUCCCGGGCCAGUCUCUCUCAUUCCUCCCAUUCUUCCUACUCCUCCAGCAAAAAGAGCUCAUCGGCUCACUCUAUCCCAUCGACAGCAAACCGACAGAACCGCACCAAGACUCGGGACUCCCGGGAAAAACAGAAUGCAACAAGGAUGAAUAGAAUGGGCCAAGCAGAAAAGAAAUGGUUUACAGAUGAGACGGAUAAUGCCUAUCCCAGAAACAUUCAAAUCAAGCCCAUGAGCACUCACAUGGCCAAUCAGAUCAAUCAGUAUAAAUCUACAAGCAGCUUGAUACCACCAAUCAGAGAAGUUGAAGAUGAAUGUUGACUCACAGGAGGCCAGAACUAUUUUUUUAAAAGCCUGACAAACUUCAUGAAUGGUGAUGUGACAUUUAUUCCUUUUACAUGCCGACCCACUGGUGGAAAAGUUAUGAAGGGCGAGUGUUAUGGAAAAAUAAAGUAGACAGAUCUUUGUUUGUCUGCCUUUAAUAUUGCUUCCAUGUAUUUUGGAAACUAUUUCAUUUAUAAAUGAACAUAAUCAAAAAUAGUCAUGUAUAGCCUCUAGCAUUUUAAAUUAUUUUUAUUUAUUAGAAAGAAAAUAUAUUUUUCUUUUUGUUUUUUUUCAUUGUCAAGGUUUUUUCCCUUAAAACAGCUGCAUAUGUGGCCAGACUCCUAAAAUUUUACAAAAAAAAAAAUCUACUCUUGCUAUCUCUCAUCUUUGAGGAGAAUGAUGGUCACAAUUAUGAGGAAAUGUCACCAAGGGAGAUAAAUAAUAUAUUAAAAAAUACAAGGUCCAACUUGUAUUUUAAUAAAUCAAAAAAGAAGAAAAAAAAGAACAGUUCACCAACAUGUUUCUUUACUGGAGACUAUGUAUUUUGUUCAGCAUUGACACCAGCUCUUAAUAAACUGAAACAUAUUUAUUUUCAACGCUGAAAGUCAUAUUUUUGUAGAAUUAACAUUCUUUCUGAACUAUUCAUCGUUUUAUUACCAUAUACAGUGAAGACCUUCCUAACAAUCAUCUUAAGCGCCGGUAAAUUUAAGGUCCAAAACAACCAAAACCAUGCAUUGGUAACUUUCUAUGACAAUAGGGUAGUGAACAUUAGUGUAAAACAAAGGGCAUGCAGAUAAGAUGCUCAUAGCGGCACUUUCUUAUAGGUUGCAAAAUGUGCAAUUCUGCUUUGCUUCAUGUUACAUAUUAUCAAUCAGCACUCGCCGACUCAAGGAGUUCAACCUUGGAAAAUCCUCUUCUUUUGCCAGGUUUCUGAGUAUUUUAAUGCAGGGUGUCUAAACAGCGCAUCAGACCAUGAUAUUCUUAACCCACUCAUCUACUGUAUUUAACUGAGUUCAUGUUUAAAACUACUAGAGUUGUACCUGAACCAAUCUCUAUCUGAGCCAAACAUUUCUUGAAAUGUGG